ACAGGAAGGAAAAUCUCCAGCAGAAGCAGGCUUAGUAUGAACAGUCAUUUCGACCAACUGAGGUUAGAGAAGACAGAGCAAAGACAGAAAAAAAAAAACGCAGAAAGGAAUCCUUUCUAUAGGGAAAUGGCAGAUGAUUAAUUCUGACUUACAUUUCACAAAGAAAUGAAGAGCUGAAAAAGUUUAGGUGGGAAAGCAAAAAGUCAUAUUUGUUCUUAUUGACUUAUGAAAGGCUAUCUGAUUUUUUUAUAUUAUUAAAAUUAUUCUUUGUAACCCCACAGUAAAGGGAUAUUUUAAAUAUGUCAAUGUUUUUUUUUUUUUUUUUUACAACUGGGCCAGAUGUAAUUCUUUUUGCAGACCAAAAUAUGGUCACCCUUCUCUAGACUAAUCUCAUUAACAAGAGUGAGCACAAAUGUUUGUUUCCUGUGUCUCUUUGGUAUUGUGGAGAUGGAUUGACCUCACCUAGGUGAAAAUGUCUUCUAGGUGUACCCCACCUGUUCUUCUGUAACCUGCAAAACAACAGAUAGUAUCAGAAUCUCUGAGUUUCUGUCUCCUGCGGUGUUCUGUCUAUAUGACCAAAUAAGGAGCAUAAAUCCUGCACAUGUGCAUGCUGAUGUCACAUGGGUCUUACUACCAUUUAGGAUUCCUGCAGGAGCUUGCCCAGAUGGAUUUCCUCCUUCACAGAUGAGAACGAAGGCACCAAUUGCACCUCCAACCAACUCCUUUUUAACAGCAACAACAUAAACUACUUUACAUUACAAUACAUUCUGCACAGAGAACUGAUGGGGACCAUUUGGUUCACAGUAUGGUGUGUUUUAUUCUUCAGUGUUCAGGCGUCACCCGUAUGGCCUGCCAAAGACCCAAAAUGUGCACCAGGAUUUGAGUCCAAAAUAAUUAUUUUCAAAGUGACGGGAAAGUAUCUUAGACAGGGCACAGAACUGGGAAAAGUGAACUUCACUGACUGCACAGAUGGCACAGAUGAGUUUGUUUUCACCAGUGAUGAUGAGGAUUUCAUGGUUCAGACAGAUGGAACAUUAAUGGUUAAAAGAUGUACGGUUCUUCAGAAGGGACAACGAAACUUCAACAUUUACUACUGGGAUUCACUGGGCCAGGAAGCAACAGCCUCUGUUGUACUACAGCACAAUGGGGACCAUGAAGCAGCCCAGAGCCCCCAGAACAACUUUCCUUUAAAGGACUUCACAAAUAAGUUAGAGGAUGCAGCUGAUCCUCAGAUCUCCAUCCCGGAGUUCGCUAUAUCUAGUCAAGGGCUGAAGAGGAGGAAAAGAGAAUGGCUUAUCCCUCUAAAUAUUGUUGAGAAUCACAGAGGACCGUUUCCCCAGUUUAUUGCCCAGAUACGCUCUGAUGAAGCUAAAAUGAAGACGAUGCAAUACAGCAUCACUGGUCCAGGAGCAGAUCAGCCUCCUGUUGGUCUUUUCUCCAUGGACAAGGACAAUGGUAAUCUGUAUGUCACACAGGAACUGGACAGAGAAAAAAGGGACAAGUACCUGCUUCAAGUACAUGCUGUGGCACUGGGAAGUACCGGAGCUGCAGAGGAACCCAUGGAUGUUCCUGUCAAUGUAAUUGACCAAAAUGACAACAAACCAGUUUUUAAUCAGUCUUCUUAUGUGGCAGAAGUUCCCGAGGCCUCACCAACAGCAACGGUGUCCAACCAAAUGUCCUCUCUGGCACAAAUGAAUGUACAAUUCCAAUCUCCACUCCUCGUGUGCAGAUUGUAUAUCCUACAAAGAGUAAUGAAGAACACAGUGGGUAUAGCUGCUAAUGGUGCCAGCAGGCCAGGAAAUCUUGAGGCUUUGGUUGCAGCCAGGCAGGAUGGUCGUCAGUGAAAACUUCUCAGGAAAUCCAUUACAAUCAGUAGUCUGGCAUAGAAUGUUGAAUCAAUAUACAUAUAAAAGUUAAAAUUUGCUUAAAAUUAUCGACUUUGUCACUACUUUACGGAGCUCUGGGAAACAUCUUCACCUCAUGGUGUCAAACCUUAAUUUGAUAUUUUAACUAUGAUUCUUUCUUGGGCUUCUGGGCUCUGUGGGGCAACAG